CCAUUGUGGAACUGAGUGUGCUGGUGAUUCAUUUCUCGGAAUUGACCUUGCUAUGAGUCAUUCGCUGGAAGGCAGAGUCGGGGAUACCGCGCCUGUCUGCCGGUUGCUUGCUUUGGUAUACACGCAUACCGCUCACCGCGAACACUUUUAACAAAUAAUUUUGUGUUUCGCGAUCUAAAUAAGAAACAAUAACAAAAAUGUGUGAGUGUACAAAACAAAAAAACAGUUAAAUAGAUUUGGCUCGCAAAUUCUAAAACUACUUGUAAAUAUUUUUGUGUUCUUUUAUAGUUGGAUAUCAUGAUAACAACCAUGACGUCAUUCAUAUUAUUGAAGACGAACUCUUUCCUCUUGAGGAUGAACAGAGAGGAUAACGUCGACUGGUUCCAUGGGAAAAUAUCACGAGAAUCUGCCGAGAAGUUGUUAAAAGAAGAGGGCGAAGAUGGUGUUUUCUUGGUACGUGAAAGCAACACUUCACCAGGAGACUAUGUUUUGUCAGUUUUGCACCAAGGUGAAGUAGUGCAUUACCAAAUUCGGAGGCAUGGCGAGGAUGCCUUCUUUUCCAUUGAAGAACACACAACAGUGCAUGGGCUGGACACCCUCAUACAGCACUACCGAGGUGACUCCAAUGGUCUCGUCACACGACUGUCUGUUGUGUGUAAGGGGCAGCCUCCACCUCACGAGUCACGCACCCAGGGGACCACCAAUCUUUUACACAGAGCAACGGAAGCCGGUGACUACAACAUAGUAUCCCAAAUGCUGGCAGUCGGAUACCACAGCCGCGACGCCAAAAACCAGGAUGGACAGACGGCGGUGCAUAUAGCCGCUAAAGCCGGGCGCGACAAAAUACUCGGGAAACUCAUAGAGAGCGGAGCCACCGUCAACGUGCGGGACUCGUUCGGAUAUACGCCAUUACAUUACACCUGCCAGAACAAUCUGGCAAGCACCGCUGAACUGCUGAUAACGAAGGGCAACGCUAACUACCAGAUGCGGCACGCGCCUACGGGGAAAGUACCUCUACACGACGCCGCGCAGAGGGGACACAUUGACUGCAUCAAGGUCCUGCUAAAAUUGAAAGCUCCCGCGAACCCGAGGACGUUGCAGCAAGAAACCCCAGCCGAUUUAGCGAAGCACCACGGGCAUACGGAAUGUUAUCAGCUAUUAAAAAACUACAAACCCGAGCCACCGCAAACCUCCAAAAGUGAAUGGUACCACGGCACGUUGAGCCGGGACGAAGCCGUACAAACAUUAGAACAGUACUGCAAGCAGAACAACUUAGUGGACAAGGCUACGGACGGCGUGUUCCUAGUGCGCUACAGCGAGCGGCACAGCAGCGCCACCUGCGUGCUCACUAUGCUGAGCGAAAACACGCCCUACCACUUUAUCAUAAGGAAGGAGGCAGCGGGCUGGGUGUUCAUCGACGACGGGCCGUACCUGGAGGGCGUGGAGCGGCUGGUGGAGCACUACGGCGCCGUGCCGGACGGGCUGCCCGCGCGCCUGCGCCACGCCGUGCCGCCCAAGCCCAAGCCGCCCCUGCCCGAGUUCUCAACAAUGCCCCGGACCAAGAAACCAUCACCGAGUCGAGCAGCCAUGAACCAGACGUUAUCCCUAGUCAAAAACGACAUCCUAAACAAUCAGAUCUCCGAGCCCGGCUCGCCGCCCGACGCCUUCGAGCUUCUCACCAGGAACCUCUCCUUCUCGUCGGACUUCAACAACGACAGCCUCAACAACAACGACUCGCUGGAUGACAACGACACGUAUAAAGUGCCCGUUAACAACAGCGCCGUUGUUGUUGGGGAGAACUAUAAUGAGAUAUCGAUUAAUUCCGACGGCCAGCUUUCCACACUGCAAGAUUUCAUCCCCAUGAGCGAGUUGACGCUAGGAGCGACAUUAGGCGAGGGCGAGUUCGGGUCCGUGCUGCGCGCCACGCUGGCCGCCGCGGCCGGCCGCGCCGCCGCGCCCGUCGCCGUCAAGACGCUGCACGUGCAGCACACCGACUCCAACCAGCACGACUUCCUGGCGGAAGCCAAGACGAUGAUGACGCUCCGCCAUCGGUGCAUUGUACGACUUAUUGGAGUUUCAUUGGGUCCCCCGCUAGCCAUGAUCCAGGAGCUGGUGCCGCUGGGGUCGCUGCUGGAGUACCUGCUGCGCUCGCCGGAGCAGGCCUCGGCCGGGUACGAGCUGCGGCUGUGGGCGUGCCAAGUGGCGGCCGGCAUGCGCUACCUGGAGCGGCGCCGCUUCGUGCACCGCGACCUCGCCGCCAGGAACAUACUGCUGGCCAGCAGACACCAAGCAAAAAUUAGUGACUUUGGUCUAUCACGAGCUCUCUCCAUGGACAGUUCGUACUACAAGGCGAGUCAGGGCGGCAAGUGGCCGAUCAAGUGGUACGCGCCCGAGUCCUACAACUAUGGCACCUUCAGCAGCGCCAGCGACGUGUGGAGCUACGGCGUCACACUGUGGGAGAUGUUCUCUUAUGGCAAGCAGCCGUACGGGGAGAUGAGGGGCACCGAGGCAAUACAAAUAGUAGAAAGCGGCGGACGACUAGAACGACCCGAGGAGUGCCCGGACGAGAUCUAUCAAGUCAUGCUAGACUGCUGGGAAUACAACCCGGACCGACGACCGACGUUCGGUCUGCUCGUCGACGUGUUCUCCCAACACCCCGACUACGUCAACAUUAGCCAGCUAGCCCUCGACAACGACGAGGUAACCGUCUAACAUUUACUUCAAUAUUUGCCUAACGCAGCGCUGCGUCUCUUUUGUUCUUUAUGUCGAUAAAAAGAGAUACAAUGCGAAUGUUAGGCAAAUAUUUGUGGAUGCCUUUAUGCCUUUGGCCCCGUAGGGAACU